AUGGGUCGCGGGAGAGGGAGAGGACGAGGGCGGCCACGUUUGGUGCCACCGUCAACAACCAACCCUACGGCGGCCAUCUCAGAUCAGCAAGCCACGGAAAAAGAAACUAUUGUGGACGAUGCAGUGCGGAAUGAUUCAGAGGAAAAUGGAAGCUUGGCGGAGGAAAACGAAGAAAUUGUUCCUGAUACAGAAAAUCUAGGUCAUCACAGAACUGAAGUAAGAAUGGAGGGGGAAACUAGCCAGACGAAGAAGCUCUGGGUCGACGUCAUCAAUGAGAAUCGUAAUCCGGCAAAGGGUCUCACCAUGGAAUUCGUUGCACCAAAGAUUAUUGAUGGAGAAAUGGAAAUCCAAAUUGAAGAGGAAGAUGUUGAAAAGGAAGUGAAAUUCUGGGAGUCUGCCCUCAUCAUGUAUGCCCUGGGUGUGGACCUCAGCAUGAAUGCCGUGAAACAGUUCAUGAGCAAGAACUGGAAUUUUGUGAAGCUACCUGAUAUGUUCUAUAAUGAGGAAGGAUUCUUCAUCCUUAGAUUCCACUCAUUCCAAGACAAAGACCUAGUUUUGAUGAAGGGGCCGUACUCAAUCCGCAAUAGACCAAUGAUGUUGCGUGAGUGGUGUUGCACCCCAAAAUUUGACCAACAAUUAUUUACCCAUUAG